CAACUUACAGAGAUAUAGCUAAGGAGUUAAAAAGAGAAAGAGAGAGGGAGGAGAUGGGUUUUGAUUCUUGUGAAGGAGAGAUUCAGAUUCCAUAUAUUGAUCUUCCAAAGGAGCUGUUGGGAUCAAAACAAGGGAGUGAAGAAUGGAAGGAGUUGUGUGGAAAAGUGAGAGAAGCAUGUGAAGAGUAUGGAUGCUUUAUGGUUGGGUAUGAUGAGGUCUCUAAAGAGCUACAUGAAGAGAUGUUCAUGGCCAUGAAGGAUUUGUUUGAUCUUCCUGUUGAGACAAAGCAGAAGAACACAAAUCCCCAACCUUACCGUGGGUACAUUGCGAAUUUAGAGUUGGUUCCUCUGUUUGAGAGUCUAGGCAUUGAUAAUGCUCCCAGCCUCGAUGAAACUCAAGCUUUUACACAACUCAUGUGGCCCCAUGGCAAUCCGAUUUUCUGCCGAACUAUGAACAGCAUCAGCAGAAAGAUGCAUGAGUUGGAACUUCUGGUCCGGAGGAUGAUAUUAGAAAGCUAUGGUAUGCCAACAUACUUCGAUGCCCUUGUAGAGCUCACCCACCCUGUCUUUCGUAUGAUGAAAUAUAAGCCACCGCCGGCUAGCGACGAGGCGGGCAUUGGCCUGAUAGCCCACACUGAUAAGAGCUUCCUAACAAUUUUGUGCCAAGAUCAAGUGAAGGGCUUCGAGUUACUCACCAAACAAGGCCAUUGGCUCCAAUGCUCACCCAUGAAAGGCUCUUUCAUUGUCGUCGUCGGCGAGAUGUUCAAGAUGUGGAGCAAUGGGAGAGUUCAUGCAGUGGAACAUAGGGUGGUGAUGAGGGGAGACAAAGAGAGGUAUUCGUUUGCAUUGUUUGGAUCACCAAAGGAUGGGGAAGUGAUUGAGGUGGCCAGUGAGCUGGUGGACGAUGACCACCCUCUUCUCUUCCGAUCCUUCAACUACAGCGAAUUCGUCAACUAUUUCAACUCCAACGUCAGCAGCAAGGCCCUCGAGACCUAUGCUGGUGUUUGAUCCCAUCUAUCGCUCUCUCUCAUGGAUUGUUAUUUCCCAAUUACAUCAAUCCAGUUACUUAUAAUAAUAUCUUUUGUGUUUGACCCA